AUGUAAAAAGCUAUAAAAAAUUCAAUUGUAAAAUAGCAAAGAGAAGCUAAAGAUUUAGGCUCUUUCAGAAAGUAAAGGCUAUUUUAGAAUAUAUGUAAGAAAAAUCUUAUAGAAGUUGAAAACGUUUAUGUUGAGUAAUCAGAGGGCCACUAAUUAUAUGAUGCCCAUUUAAAAAAAAUGAAAUAAGCAAAACCUAAAACUAUCGAAGAUAUUCAAAAAGAUAGAGCUAAUCCUUUAGGGAUAGAUAAAAAAUAAAUAAAUAAAGCUAAUAAUCUCUUGCAUGAAAUAGAUAAAAAGGAAAAAUAAUUAUCAGAGAGCUUUAUGAUCAAGCAGAAAUUUCAAUAAAAAAUUCCUGUCAAUAUGAAUGGAGUGAAUGAUAAUUAGUUUUAUUAUGACUCAUUAGAAAUUAGAAGUUUAAAUGAAUUUAUGUUUUUUUAUGAAAUUCUUAAAAGAAUAAAAGCAGAUAAAUAGCACGAAGAACAGCGUGCUUUAUUUAAAGCCAAACUGCAAAAAAUAUGGGAGUUAGAAGCUUUAGCAAAUAACAGAACUGUUUAAACUAAUAAUAGCACUAUCAAAGACUCAAAUAAAAAUGAUAGUAAACUAAGUAGAAUAUAAAGUGCUAAUAGUCAAAGCAAUAAUAGUAGGUUAAAGUUAUCUAUGAUCGAAGGAUCUCCAAAAACAUUCAUUAAUUCAAAUAAUUUAAAAGGAUUUUCUCCCUCAGAAUCUCAUAAAUAAGAAAAUGAGACUCCGACUUCUACAAGUCAGAAGGCAAAUUAAAAAAAAAAAACUGGGAGAAUAGGCUUAACCUAGAGAGUUGAAGAACUAAAGAACAGAGAUUCACAAAUUAAAUUUCUUUCAAUAAAGCCUUCAAAAGAUUCAAAUGAGGUCGAUACAAAAAAUAAUUCUUAGAAAUAAAAAGUAGAUUAGAAGGUAGGGACAGAUGAGUUAUAAAUACCUAAUUCUACCAAAAAUGUGAAGAGCUAAAAAGAAUUUUAAGGAACAAGCAAAUUUAUGACCAUGAAAUAGGCUGACAUCUAAUUGGUUGAACUAUUAGAAAAAAUUAGAAAAACCACAAAAACAAGUGAAAAGAGAGAGAAAACAUAAAAUUUAAUUGUCCCAGGUAUGAAAAAAGGUUUUAAUGCCUAAGAUAUCAAUAAUGUGGUAGAUUAGGCAAUAGAGAGAGCAGGAAAGACAAAAAAUGUAGUAUCAAUGCAAUCCUUUACAACUUUAGAUUAAAAUAACUUAAAAGUUCCAAUUUUAAAUAAGAUGAAGAGACCUACAGAUUAUAUUUCUAGAGAGAAAGAUUCUUUUAAUUUUAAAACAAGAAAUGCUUCUGAUUUAAUUAUUGGAGACAAUUUUGAUACUGAACCUAAAGAAUAGAAUAAAUUAUUUAAAGUUAAUUAGGUCAAAUCUUUGAAUGUAAUCAAAUUAACUGAGGGAAUAAAGAGCAAUAAAAAUAAUUCAUAGUAGCAAUUAGCAAGUGCUCAAGAUUAAAAUAACAUCCAAAAAGAUCGAGAAAGCUUUUAAUUGAACGUGAUCCAUGAGACAGAAGAACAUUAGCUUUAAGUUAGAUAAAGCAAUCAAUUAGAUUUUGGUAAAAAAAGAUAGUUUUCUCCAGAAAAUUAAAAUUAGGAGAAUUUAAAUUCUAAUUAAAGGAGAAAUAGCUCAAAAGGCUUGCAAUAGAAAAUAGAUUAUCAAAUUAAAAUAACUACUGAAAAUGAAUAGAGCGAUUAAAAAACACUAGAAGUAGAAAGCAAUAAAUAAGAAGUAAGAAUGUCUGAUUUAAUAGAUUUAUCCUAUGCCUAACAUACUGAAAAAAUAGAUUACUUGUCUAAUAAAAUUGAUAAAAAUUCUUUAGAGAUUAUGAAUAUCAAAAAAGAUUCUGAAUUCUUUUCAAGUAAUAACGACGAAGAUAUUAAAAUGAAUUAGUUUUUGAUGGAGGAAAAAGAAAAUAAUGAGUAACCCAGCAAUUCUUUGAAUACAUAAUAAAUCCCUUAAAGGUAGAAGAAAUAUACUCUAGAACAUAUUGAUAGAGAUUCAUAACAUUAUUUAACUAUUUAGGAUGAAAAUAGGCAUAAGCAUAAUAUUAACCAUUCAUCUCCUGAUUUAGAUUAAAGUUUAUCACCUCCAAAAUUAACUUAGAUUUAUAAGAAUAAAAGCCAAAAUUCUUUUACAACACUCUUAGUACCUAAUAGAGAUUCACUUGUUCUUAAAGGUUCAAGUUAUAGGGAAAUUUCAAUGAAUUUUACAAAAAAGGAAAUAGAUAAAUUCGAAAUAGAAAAAAAAAUAUAACAAAAUUUGGAUAAUAUUCAUAAAUAGCUUAGAAUUCAAAAGAAAGUCAAUCUUCCAUAAAAACUGUAAAGAAGAAUAAGAUCCAAGCAAAGAAGUGCAAAAGAAUAGUAGGAAAAAUAUCCUUUUAAAUUCUCUCCUUCCUUUAUAUCUAAUUGGGUAGAUUUAAGAUCAAAGAUAGAGCAAAGAUAUGAUAUACCAUCCAAAUUUCAUGUACAUAAGAUACUUAAUGAUAGAAUCAGAGAAAUAAAGCAUCAAAAAAGAAUAAGUAACUCAGCAGACAAUUCAUUUUAUAUUUAUGAACCAGAGUAUAACAAUUAUUACCUAUGA